CUAUUCAGAAGCAUAUUUUUUUUAUUUAUAAAAAAAAACAUUUUUCAAGCAAACAUCAUCUAUUUGCGUUUUUGUGUAUCGCUACAAAAUCAGUAUUUUUUCAUCAUUUUUUUUUGAUAACGUUUGCUUUUCUUUCUUGAUUCAGAUUCUUCUUUUUUGUUGCUAUUUAUCGUUGGAAUUUUCUCAUUAAAAAACAAUGAUGACCACCGAUUUAUCACAAGAUUUUUUACGUAACGGUGCCGUUGAAGUUCAAGGUGAAAAUGGUGUUUUCUAUCCGGCUUAUCUAUUUGAUAUAAUUGAGCCAUCACAAUUAUCACAACAACAACAGAAUUGUCAACCAUUAUCAUCGAAUAAUAAUGUAGUCAGUAGUCAACAACAACAACAAUUAAAUGAUCAAUCUAUGUGUUUUGGUUCGAUGAAUGGAUCUGGUCAGCAACAACAAUUAGGAAGUAGUGGUGUUGGUGGUACAUCCAAUGUAAAAUCCAAUCAAAUCAUUUCAUCGUCAUCAAAUAUAUCGAAUGAAACACAUGUUGUUGUUACAUUUCAAAAUAAUUUCUUCCCAAGAUCUUCAUUUCCAAUAUCACGUAUUCGACUUCCUCCCGCUACUUCAAAUAGUUCAACAUCGAGUGCAACAAUCAAUAAUAAUAAUGCCAACAACACUAAUGAUUUAAAUAAUGAAAAUGAUAAAAUUCAUAAUAUUAAUAAUCCAUCAUCGUUGUUGUUGUCUGGUCUUUCUGGUCUGAAUAUUUCGAAUGCUUCCAACAAUAAUCAAAUGCAAUCAUCAUCAUCAUCUUGUUCGAAUGCAGCUAAUAUCAAUAAUAAUAAUGGCACAAAUAUAUCAUUGGAUGGUAGUAAUGUUGGUAGUCAAAAUCAUCCAAAUAUUACUGUCGGUAUGGAAGUUGAAGUUUUUUCAUCAAGUUCAGAUGAUCAACCACGUGGUUGGUUUCGUGCUAUUGUCAAAAUGAUCAAAGGUUGUUUCUAUGUGGUCGAAUAUAUUCAACAUAAUCAAAUGAAUAAUGUUGGAUCAACAAAUGUUGAUUCAUCAUCAUCAACAAAUGCUGCUGCUACAUUGGGCAAUCAAAAUCAUCCGGUACAAAAUUUUACCGAAAUUAUUCCUAGCGAUGAUAUUCGUGUAAAAAAUCCAAAUCCAUUGUUACGAACAAAUCCAUUUUUUCGCUUUGAAUUAGCUAUACCGGAUGAUUUUAAAUCAUUUAAUACCAGUUGGUUAUUGAAAGAAGAAGCACAUCGACAUUUUAAAUUGUCUAUUAGUGCCAAUGUUGUACGUUUUGAUGAAGCAAAAAAUUGUUUAGUGGUUAUUGGUUAUUCACAAUCGCCUAAUGAAAAGAGCUUUAUUGCAUCGAAAUUAGAGAAUCGUGCUGCAAUGUUAUCCGAAAUGCAUUUUCGUAAUUUGAAACAAAAAUUGAUAUUAUUGAAUGAUGCUGAAGAAGCGGCAAAAAAAUUGGAAUCGACCAGAAUGCCAACCAAUCAAAAUGAACAUGGUAUUUAUGAGGCAAGAAUUUUAGUACCAGAAAAUCUAAUGGGUUUAGCUAUCGGUGCACAUGGUACAAAUAUUACACAAGCACGUAAUGUUCCUGGUGUUUUAUCUAUCGAUAUAAUGGAUAAUCCAACAGCAUUUACUGUCCGUACCCAAGAUUUGGAAGCAUUGCAUAAAGCACGUUCUAUGUUGGAAUUUGCUGAAAAAGUUAUCGAUAUUCCACGUUCAUUGGUUGGUAAAUCUAUCGGUCGUAAUGGUCGUGUUAUACAGGAAAUUGUUGAUAAAUCCGGUGUUGUUCGUGUAAAAAUUGAAGGUGACCAAGAAAAUGAACUACCACGUGAAUAUGUGCCUUUUGUAUUUGUCGGUACACUGGAAUCGGUUCAAAAUGCUCAAAUAUUAUUGGAAUAUCAUAUUAAUCAUUUGCAAGAAGUGGAAAAAAUACGUAAAGAAAAUAGUGAAUUGUUUCAACAACUACGACAACAAUCGGUUACAAUCAAUUCAUCACAACAUGCCAAUAUUAAUAAUAGUGGAUCCGAUUUUGAUUACAUGAGUGGCGGCGGCCAUCGUGGUAUUAACCGUGGUGAUGAUAUUGGUGGUGGACCAUCUCGUGGUAUGCGCACUGGUCCAGGUGGUAAUAUUCGUGGUGGUCAUCUUGGUGGUGGACAUCGUCGUAAUGAUCGUGGUCCACGAGGUGGUGUUAAUGAAGAUCAUCGUCAACAACGUGAUGUUCGACGACCAUUUUCUACUGCCGGUAGUGGUGCUCCUAUUGGUGGUGGUAUGCCUGAUCAACAAACAGCGGCACCACGUUCUCCGCGUGAUCGACCACAGCGUGGUACAUAUGCUCCACGUGGUUUUGGUCCACGUCGUACUGGUGGUGGUGCAGGAGGAAAUUUUAACAAAGAUAAUUCACCAACCGAAUCUGGUGGAUCAACAACAUCGACAAAUCGACAAGAUCAUCGUUUGGCUGCUGCUGUUGUUGAUCAACAACAACCUUCAUCUGCCGCAGAUAUCAGUGAACAACAGCCACAACAUCAAGGCCAAACUUCACAAACUAAGUCACAUCAUCAUAGUAAUAAUUAUCGUGGUGGUCCUGGUGGUGAUCAACAUCAACAACAACAACAACAUCGUCCACAACGUAAUUCAUCUCAACGUAAUCAUCGAAUGUCACGUGGUGGCCGUAGCGGCGGUCAUGACAGUGGCAAAGGUCGUGAUCGCGAUAAUCGUGAUCGUGAUGGUGGUGAUUAUCAUCCAAAUAUGAAACAAAAAAUGAAUGGUGUUCGUUCAUCAUUAUCAUCUAACAAUACUAAUAAUUCUCAAAUGCAACCAUCGAAUGGUGGUAAUCAGAAUUCCGCUGCCGAAAUGGAAUCAACAAAUGGUGGUGGUAUGCCGGAUAUUGAUUCGAAUGAAAAUGAUGAUCAUCAUUCAUCACCAAUUCCACAACCAACAUCAAUCAUUAACGGUGAAUAAUUAAAAUUUGCAACAAACAAAAGUCAUUGAAAAUGUGGAAACAAUUUAAUCCCAAAAACCAACCAACCCGCAUAUAAAAGCAAAAUAUCCGUUUCUUUUUUCUUUGUUUCGUUUUUCAUUUUUCACACACACACACAAACACAUUUACUAUUCAACAAUUUUUUUCUUCUGUGUUAUAAUUCUUGUCUCAUUCAUUUUCUUUUUUCUUAUUCGGCGCUAUACACUUGAUUGAUUAUCGCUUGAUUGACACACAUUACACAUACAUACACACUUCUCAGAGCAUCAUACACUUUUUAUUAUAUAAUUAAAUUUCUCAACAAAAAAAAAGUAA